AUGCUGCCGCGUCUGCGCGAGCUGACCGUUUCCAGGUGCGAGGCCUUGGAGGAGCUGCCGGAGGGUGUCUGUUCCCUGAAUCACCCGGAGACCUUAUCAAUCAUCAAUUGCGAGCACUUCAGCUGCCUGCCUGAAAACAUUGGGAGUUUGACUGCCCUGAAAACCCUGGUUCUGGGUACUCUACCGCUGGCAUUCCUCCCUGACUCCGUGUGCCAGCUCAGCGCCCUGGAGACCUUCUUCCUGCUCUCGUGCGACUCAAUCUGCGAGCUGCCAGCAGGCUUCUGCUGCCUCACGGCUCUCACGACUCUCUGCCUCGGGUGCGUGGCACUUCCAGCGGACAUAGGACGCCUGAGUAACCUCCACACGCUGCUUCUCAGAGACAGCUUCGAGUCUCGGCAUCUCCCGUCGUCGUUAUCGGAGAUCGCGUCGCUGACGAGGCUUGAGCUGAACCUGUGCGGCGUGGAGUUGCUCCCAGAGGGCUUGGGGUCGCUCAGCAACCUGCGCGAGCUGCACCUCUCGUGCUGCUAUCAGCUCACGGCCCUUCCAGAGUCCGUGACGGGCCUGACUGCCCUUGAAGCUCUCUCUCUCGCUGACUGCAAUAACCUGGCCUCGGUGCCCACAAGGCUGGACGGCUUGACACGGCUCAAGCAGCUGGAGGUUGCCCGAUGUGACAUGCUCAUACGGCCUCCUCUAGUCCUGCCGGCUUCCAUUGAAUGGCUGAGUUGGGGAAGUAUCUGGAGUCACGAGCAGGCCAUGGCCCUGCCAGACGUCUCCGAGCUGACGGGGCUUCGAACGCUCCGCCUGAACGAGUUUUCUGUGGCGUGUGGGGUCGCUGUGAGCAGGAGCCUAUCGCACGUGGAGCAUUUGGAGCUGAAUUUGGCAGGCGUUGCGGAGGAGCUUCCAUUGGCCUUGACGCUCCUCUCCCGCCUGCGCACCCUGAUUAUUGACAGCGCGAUGAGUCUCCAGAGGCUGCCGGCUGAUAUCGGGUCAGCACUGCCGCAGCUGCGGAAGCUGAAGCUGGCACAUGCGGACGAGUUGAGGGAGCUGCCAGCGAGUGUGGCAGAACUUGAGAACCUCACGAGCUUGGUUUGCUACGCGCCCAAACUGCCUUCUCUGCCGCAUGCUAUCGGUGCUUUAUCCAGGCUGCGGGAGCUGCACCUCAUUGGCUGCGAGCAGCUUGAGCAGCUGCCUGCCUCUCUCACCCAGCUUGCCUGCCUGAACAAGCUGUCGAUUCUAAACAGCCCCAUCCGUUCCCUAUGUUCCACCGCUGCACAGUUCACGCGGCUCAGAUCCCUCGAUUUGUCAGGCUGUGCGCAGCUUGAGGCAUUGCCGGGGGAUUUGGGUGCGCUUAAGGCACUGCGGAUGCUGAAAUUGUUCAGGUGUGGGCUUGUGAAGGACACUGAUGGGUCUGUGCUCCCCAGGAGCAUCAAUGAAGUGUACGGGCUGAAAAUAUACAUUUAG